AUGGCUUCGAAAAAAAUAAAGAAAGAAGUUUUCAUAGACGACGACGAGGAAAUCAUCAUCGUGAAAAAAAUUAAACCAUCACUAUUGAGAAAAGUCUUAAAACGAUUGCUUUUUGGUAUUAGUUUUGUAUUGGUUGGAUUAAUUGCAUUAACUCCAUUUUUACUUCAAUUGCAUGGUGACUUUAUUUUAACGAAAAUGUUUUUUCAAACUUGGUCUCGUUAUUAUCCAUGGAUCGAUUUAACUAAAUUAGAUUCAUUUAGUUUAAAUGGAAUUAAUGUUUAUGAACAAAUAGAGCCUGAUGUUAAAAUUGGAAUUUGGUAUGUACUACCGUCAGCAAUUGAAACUAGUCAUGAUUUACCAACUCUUGAUGAUUAUUUAAAACAAUAUGUAAAAUCUGAUGAUCAACCAAUAAUUAUGUAUCUGCAUGGACAAGAUGGAACCAGAGCAACACAUUAUCGAGCAAAUCAUUAUCGAAUGAUGACUAACUUUGGUAAUCAUAUAGUUGUACUUGAUUAUCGUGGUUAUGGUGAUUCAACUGGUAUGCCAAGUGUGAAGGGUGUUGUUGAUGAUGUAUUACAUGUAUUCAAAGUAAUUCGCAAAGCUUGUCCAAACAAUCCAGUAACAAUAUGGGGACAUUCAAUGGGUACUGGUGUGGCAUCAUGGACGAUGCAUUAUCUAUUUCAAAAUCAUACUGAUUUUAAAAAACCGUCAGGUCUUGUACUUGAAGCACCAUUUUAUAAUACGUUACAAGCAUUUGUUUCAUAUCCGCUGACACGAAUAUUGAAUAUUAAUCCAUAUUUCAUGCAAGCAGCACUUGAUUCUCUUGCAACAGUAAAACUCGAUUUUCCAAAUAAUGAAAUAAUUUCAUCUCUUCCAUUACCCAUUGUUGUAAUACAUGCAGAAGAUGAUACUGUCAUUCCUUAUUUCCAUUUAGAAUUACUUCAAGACUAUGUCAAACAGCAUCGUGAUCAGAAUUUCCCUCCAGUACGUUUUGUGACAGUUCCACGUUCAGCCGGUUGUGGUCAUAAUCAUAUAUAUUCGUAUCCAAAGUUUGAAGAAAUUGUCAGUGAUUUUGCAUUCCUCAAGCAAACACCUCCAGCUUAA